AUGGCUAAAAAGAAGACACAUUCCAGGUCCAAGAGUUCUAAAAGGGCUCUUAAUGCUUUAGAACUUGCAGAAAGGGAAGUUGGUGGUUAUGAUUCUGAUAGUGAUGAAGGACACCAUUAUGGUAAACGUCGUAGUAAUGUUGUCAAUCUUUUAAAGAAGGCAGAAGGUGGUGAAAGUGAUGAAGAUGGUGAUGAUGCUGAUAGUUUUGAAGAUGAAGAGUUGGAUUCGGAUGAAGCCUUUGGUUCUGAUGAUGACUUUGAUGUUAUGAAUUCUAAAUUCUCACAAACUUUACGUGAUCUAAAGAAGAAACAUGGUGACGAUUAUAACAUGGAUAUCGAUGAAGAAGAUGGUUACACUUCUAUUGAAGAUGAACAGUUGAUGUCUUUGUCCCAGGUUUGGGAUUUGGAUGAUAAAGAAAAUGGUGUUGGCUCUGCUAGUGAAGAUGAACAUUCAAAGAACGUUAUGCAAUUAGAUGAUGAUGACAAGUCGAGUGAUGAAGCCAGUGAAGAUUCAGAAAGUGAAGAUGAUGAAGAAGAAGAAUCAGGUUCUGAGUCUGAUCCAUUUGAUGAAAUGUCAGAAGACGAAAAUGAAUUGGAGUUAAAUACUAUUACCAAGAAUUUGGAAAAUGAUGCAGACAAAAAUCUACUAAAAAGAUUAGACAAGUACGGUGUUCGUGAAGAAAGUGAAUUUAGUCUACCAUCUAUUAAAGGUAGCUCCAAUAAUAAGAUUAAUUUGGCUGAUAUGAUGGGUGCUAUCGAUGAUAAAGAAGCAGUUGCUACAGCCACUUUGGUCAAGGAUGAAAAGAAAUCAACUUUGGCAGUCCCAUUACCUCAAAGAAUUCAAAAGAGAUUUGAACGUAAAGCAGCAUAUGAAAUCUCUAAGGAUGAAGUUAAUAGAUGGAAUGAUGCAGUUGAGCAAAAUAAAAGAUCUGAAUUUUUACAUUUCCCUCUAAACCCUCAAACUGAGCAUAAUCAUGCGUCAACAUUUACAAGAUCAUCAGAUAAACCUCAGACUGAGUUACAAGAAAAGGUUGAUAAGGUCCUUUCGGAAAGUAACUUGUUAGACCCACUGAAAGAGUCUACUUUUGAAGAACUUGCUACUGCUAAGAUGACACCAGAAGAGAUGAGGAGGAAGACUGCAGAAAUGAGACUGAUGAGAGAGUUGAUGUUCCGUGAAGAAAGAAAGUCCAAAAGAUUAAAGAAGAUUAAAUCUAAGGCUUAUCGUCGUAUCAAGAAGAAGGAAAUGUUAAAGAACAAGGAAUUAGCUGGAAUUUCCGAUGAAAGUGAUGAAGAACGUGACAUUGCUAGAGCAAGAGAAAGAAUGACUUUAAAACACAAAGCUAAUUCUAAGUGGGCCAAGGACAUGGUUAAGAAUGGUAUGUCAAACGACGCUGAAACCAGAGAAGAGAUGGAAGAAAUGUUAAAACAAGGUGAGAAAUUAAGAGAGAAGAUACUAGAUAUCAAUUCUGAAGAUGAGGACAAGAGAAAUAGACUAAGUGAUUUAGAAGAUGAUGAUUCAGAUGAUGAUGCAGCAGUUAAAGAUAAGGUUGGUAAAACAGGUGUUAUGAAUAUGGCCUUUAUGAAGAAUGCUGAAGCUAGAUUAAAAGAGGAUAACAAAAAGGAAAUUGCAAGACUAAGAGAACUAGAAAAUACAGAUGACAUUACAUUAUUCGAUAGUGAUAGAGAAGAUGAAAAUGUUGCCUCCGAAAAUGUGACGAUAAAUAGAGGUCGUAGAAUUUAUACCCCAGGGAAUUUAGAAGCUAAAGAAGAAUUAAAUAAGCUCAAGGAACAAGUUAUUGAAGAACAAGUUAUUGAUGAAUCAAGAACACUUGAAAAACGUUUACAAGCCAAGAACAAAAAGAAUCAAAAAGAAGCUGAAGAUAUUGGUGAACCAACAAAGGAAAAAUUACAAAAGUCAGAUAAUGACGCUUCAAACCCAUGGCUAGAUGACGAUUCUGACGAAGAGGAUUACUCACGUAAACAAUCAUCUAAGGUGUCUGUAGUUGAUGCUACCAGUUCCAAGCAAACUAAACAUUUGCAAAAGCUAGAGAAAGAUGCUGCUAAACAUGAACAAAAGUCACGUAAAGGUAAUACAAAGAACAAGAAGGAAGACUUACUUUUGGAUCUAGACAGUUCAAACAAGUUAGAACUUGUCGAUCCAUAUCGUGAAGAUGGCGAAGAUGGGACAGAUGGAUUGAUGUUCAAACAACAUGAUGUCAUUGCAGAAGCUUUUGCUGGUGAUAAUGUUGUUGCGGAAUUUGAAGAAGAGAAGAAACGAGUUGCAAUUGAUGAAGAUGAUAAAGAGGAAGAUGUAACAUUACCUGGAUGGGGUGAUUGGGCAGGAGCAGGAUCUAAUCCAAAGAAGAAAAGAAAAUUUGUUAAAAAGAUUAAAGGUGUUGUAGAAAAGGACAAACGAAAAGAUAAGAAUUUGCAAAACGUCAUUAUAAAUGAAAAAGUAAAUAAGAAAAAUCUAAAAUAUCAAUCAUCAGCAGUACCAUUCCCAUUCGAAAGCAGGGAACAAUACGAAAGAUCACUACGUAUGCCUAUCGGUCAAGAAUGGACAUCGAGAGCUUCUCAUCAAAAAUUAAUUAAACCUAGAAUCAACGUUAAACCAGGUCAAAUCAUUGAUCCUUUAAAGGCACCAUUUAAGUGA